AUGGGCGCCUCCCAGAACAGUGACCUGCACGAACUGAAGAUCACAGAACGUCCACCAAGAACUUGGACACAGACGCUCAAUGCCAUAUGCGCUGGCCUGGUGUUCGUCACGAGCGCCGUGCUCAUCAACUCUUUCCAGCUUGUGGUCCUGCUCCCUUUGCGAGUCAUCCCAUUACAAGCGACGCAGAACCUCUAUGACGAGGGAGUCAGAUAUUCGAAAGGCGCUUUCGCCUCGUUGAUCAAUCUGAUGAACCAGUGGUUUGCGCCUACACAGCUCAAGAUCACGUUUGAGCGCGAAGGGCAAGGCAAGGUCUCCGAGGAGGACAUUGAGCGAUUCGUGGAGCGUGAUGGGUCCGGGAAGAUAUCUUUCUUGAGGCUCCCGCAGAAGUCCGUAAUAACCUCAAAUCAUCAAGUAUACAGUGACUGGUGGUAUAUCUGGGGUCUCACUUAUUAUAUGGGAACACAUAAGGAUGUCUUCAUUGUCUUGAAGAAGAGUCUCAAGUGGGUGCCCAUCAUAGGACCGGGAAUGCAGAUAUUCAGAUUCAUCUUCCUUGCACGGUCCUGGGCACACGACAAGUUGAUUUUGUCCAGGAAGUUGGCCAAGCUAGGCAGACAGGCCGAGCUACAGGACAAACCAUUCACUUUCAUCCUUUUCCCAGAGGGAACGCUGGUUAGCAAGGACACCAAGCCUAUAUCGAAGAAGUAUGCGGAAAAGAUCGGCAUUUCGGAUUUAUCCAACCUCUUGCUGCCUCGAUCUACCGGGCUUCUCUACAGCUUGCGUUCUUUGGCACCCCGGAUGCCUAGCCUCAAACUCAUUGAUAUUACAAUGGUUUAUCCUGGUGUCCCUCCCAUGGGCUACGGGCAGUCAUGGUACACAUUACGCUCAAUAUUCUGUGAUCGUGUUCCACCGCCAGUGGUGAACAUGCACAUCCGUAUAUUUGACGUUUCGCAGGAAGUCCCUAUCGGAGACAUAAGCGGCACGAAUCCAAAGACAAUACCAAAUGGUAGUGCUCGCGACACGGUGGAGAUUGAUGUUCCCGAAUAUGAAAGGGAGGCGUUCGACCUCUGGCUGCGGAAGCUGUGGACAGAUAAGGACGAAUUCAUCACGAAAUUCCAUGCGACUGAGUCUGACGUUCUCGCUCGACGGGCUACGAUUGAUAUCCCACUGGCACUGAAAAGCGAUCGGGAAAUACCCAAUGCUUUCUGCUUUUUCGUACCUACGGUUGCUGUAUUUUUGUGGGCAAAGCUGGCGGGACUUGUAUGGCAUUGA